UCAAUUUAAACCUUUAAAUUGCACUCUUGGCUUUGAUAAUAUUUAUGUCCUUAGUCUCGAAAAGAGAGCAGAUAGGCGUGCACUAAUGAAUGAAUUAGCAGAAUUUCAUGGAUUAUGUUUUGAUUAUGUCAAAGCUGUUGAGGCAGAUGAUAUGGAAGUUAACAGACUUAACCAAAGUUGGAACCUUUAUGACUUGCCGGGAAUAAAAGCUUGUUAUUUAAGCCAUUAUCAUAUCUACGAAUCAAUUAUCAAAAAUGGUUAUAGUAAAUCAUUCAUUUUAGAAGAUGAUGUAGAUAUGGAGAUUGACCUUUUCGGUAUUAUGUCUAAUAUUCACCUUGUUUUACCUAACGACUGGGAGAUUCUUUAUCUUGGACAUUGUCACGAAUGGGUAGAUGACACCAAAAUUCUUGUUAGUGGUUUAUCGACUACUCAUAAAUUACACACUGCUGUACAUCCACAGUGUACACAUGCUUAUGCUAUUACGGCCUCAGCUGCCAAAAA